AUGUCCUCGGACUCCUCUGUCUCUCACUCUCUGCGUCUCGCCGGCUGCCCCCCUAUUCCCGCUGCCACUCUGCUCCGACUCACCGCCUGCUACUUCCCCCAAGCGCUUGCUCCAACACCCCCUGCUCCGCCUGCGGUAGCCGCCUCUAAACUAUGUUCCCGAGUCAUUUGCAAGGAGGGAAGUGAAGAGAAUCGGGAAGAAACGGAAAGAGAACGUUUUCCUCAGAAUUCUUUUGGAAUGACUCAGAUAGAAGAGAAAGGAAGAUACAUUGUAAUUUUCUAUCCUAGGAUUCCUCCCAAAUUGAGGGGAUUUGGAGAGAAAAGAAUCGUUUACUAA